AUGGUCCUUCUCUUCACAUCCACAGGUGAGCUGCGAGACCGCGCCAAGGUCAGGGCUCCGUUUGCAAGCGGAGCGCCUUCCUCGCGGGCAUGCAGGACCGCCUCUUUCGCAUCUUAAGCCCACGCUCUCCAGCUAACCUCACUUCUCACGCCUAUUCCAGUCACUACCCCGCCGACAUUGCUGUAUAUGGGCAAAGACAAGUUUGAGAAUGAAGUGUUGUUAAAGUAUGGCGAUGAACUGGAUGUUUGGUUUCACGUGGACAAGUUGAGCUCGGCUCAUGUGUAUCUCAGGUUACAAGAGGAUAUGAAAUGGGAGGAAAUACCAAAGGCUUUACUCGAGGAUAUUGGACAGCUGACCAAGGCGAACAGUAUAGAAGGUGAGGGACGCGAACUGUAGGUGGCUUGCUCGCCCCGAUCUAAAUCAGCGUAUGACCUGCACUCGAAUAGGCAACAAGAAGCAGACGGUCACCAUCAUCUACACCCCUUGGUCCAACGUCAAGGUGCGUACACAAGGCUGUGCUGGCGGGCAGAAGCAGCCUCUCAGAGAAUCUUCUCGGGUCAUGUGCAACAACUUUUCGCUAAUCCUUUUCCCCGCGAAACGCGCCCGCCGCAUACACAUAGAAAACCGGAGACUUGGCAACGGGAGCCGUGCAAUUCCACAACGACCGGAUAGUGCGGCGUCACCACAUUGCAGCGAAGGACAAUGCGAUUCUGAACAGGCUCAACAAGACCAAGCGGGAAGAGACUGUGGACCACGAGGCUGUGAGGCAGGAAAGGGAAAGGGCAAAGGGAAGAGAGAGAAAAGAAGUGGCUGUGAAGGAGGUCAGUCAUUCGCGCAGGUUUCCAAUCACAGAUGAGCUUCGGUCUGCCAAUUGAUUCUGCUCUCUCUCUCUCUCUCCUCUUCGACGCGCCGGGACUUUUGGACGUGCAGCGAAAUGCGAAAUUGGCAGAACAGCGCGCACGACAAGAAGCCAAAGCCUCGCAAGAUUAUUCGAAUCGUGAGCUGGCUGGCACCUUCAUCUCGCAAGUAGUUUGAUCAGCAUCUGACGCAUCUCGCACUCGAAUGCAGUCUACUCUUCGGAAGCCAUUUCCGCAGCGCAGAGAGAAAAGGAACGCAAAGCUAGAGCAAAGGCGCAGGAGGAAAAGGAGAAAAUUACGGCAGGAGAUGAUGCUGAGCGAAUAGGAAUGCGAGAAGAGCAAAGCGAAGAGGAAGAUGCUGAAAGUGAGGGUUCAUUCAUGUGA